UCCCCCCCGCCGCCGCCGCCUCUCCAGCCAUCGCCACCGCGCAAGCGCAGAGAGCAGAGAGGAGGAUCAGAUCGGAGAAGCCAAGAAACCUCACCGGCGCGAGGAAGAGGAGCGAGAGAGGAUGUAUUUCCGGCCGCCGCCGAAGGGGCCCGAGUGGGCGGGGGGAGAUGCGGAGGCGGGGAUGGCGAGGCCGCUGUACCCGAUGAUGCUGGAGAGCCCGCAGCUGCGGUGGGCGUUCGUCCGGAAGGUGUACGCCAUCCUCUCCAUCCAGAUGCUGCUCACCAUCGCCGUCGCCUCCGUCGUCGUCUUCGUCCGCCCCGUCGCCCUCUUCUUCGUCUCCACCCCCGCCGGCUUCGCCCUCUACAUCUUCCUCAUCAUCCUCCCCUUCAUCGUGCUUUGCCCGCUCUACUACUACUACCAGCGCCACCCGGUGAACCUCCUCCUGCUGGCCCUCUUCACGGCGGCGAUCAGCUUCGCCGUGGGCCUCACCUGCGCGUUCACCAAGGGCGAGGUGAUCCUCGAGUCGGCGAUCCUGACGGCCGCGGUGGUGGUGAGCCUGACGGCGUACACGUUCUGGGCGGCGCGGCGCGGCCACGACUUCAGCUUCCUCGGCCCGUUCCUCUUCGCCGCCGUCAUGAUCCUCAUGGUGUUCGCGCUCAUCCAGGUCUUCUUCCCGCUCGGGAGGGUCUCGCUGAUGAUCUACGGUGGCCUCGCCGCGCUCGUGUUCUGCGGCUACAUCGUGUACGACACGGAUAACCUCAUCAAGAGGUACUCCUACGACGAGUAUGUCUGGGCCGCCGUCGCGCUCUACCUCGACGUCAUCAACCUCUUCCUCUCCCUCCUCACCCUCUUCAGGGCAUCCGAUUCGUAGAUUGCUUGUGUAUCUAAAGCUUCUUGGAUGAGAGAUUUCUGUUGUUGUGCUUUGCUUGUGCCCGCUUGACUAAUUAACCUGUAAAAUAAGUAAUCGCUGAUAUGAUUUUUGUUUGUGUUGUAAUUUGCCUUCGAUGAAAUGAUAGAUUUGCUCUGCGCCUGCUGCUCUGCUGGGAUGUUAA